AUGCGAAUUAGUGCAUUAUUUAUUCCAAUAUUUGGAAUUGCAGCAGUGUCUGCCACUUGUGUUAUAAGCACAACUGUUUGUGAAAAUGCUUGUAACAACGCCAAUACCCUUAUUGAUAAUUAUUAUUAUAGCUUUAGUGUCUUCUCAUCAGGUUAUACAUGCGAUCCAACACAUACAGUUACUAUAGACUCGAAUGCAGUAGACAUGGGGGGGACACUUCUAUCAGCUGUCACUGCUUGCCGCUAUUGUGUUACAAAUGGCUUCGUAACGGCAAGCGAUUAUAUUUAUUACGAAGGUUGGAUGAAUAAUUGUUACACCGCUAAUGAGGCUUCAAUUCCUGAUAGCUUUAAUACCCAGUGUAUUUGUGACGUUGGUAAUACUGACAGUAGUAAUUGCGAAACCAUGUGUGGUACUGCCCAAGAUUAUUCGCUAAAUUUGAUAAGUUUGGUCGCUUGUGGAGUUAUCGAUAAUGUUGUUAAAAGAAAUGUGGUUGGCUGUGUAUUAUGUGGAAAUCUUGCGACGUCUGCUAACAAUUACUGUGGAAAUCUGGUUACUGCGCUUUUGUGCGUUGUCGGUGGUUUAUUAUCUAUCGUUGGAAAUCUUUUAACCGUAAUUGGGCAGUUGUUGACUGAUGUCUUAACAGUUGUCACAGGAUUAUUGGCGGAUUGCAACUUAGACGCUGUAAAUUUGUGUUCAAUAGAAUCUUGUACAUUAGAAGGAUUAGAUUCAGACACAUGUAACGCAUACUGUUCAACUACUCAAACAUGGAUAACAGGGAACGAAUUAAGCGGAAAAACUUGCAGCGAUCUGUCUAUGGGAGCGAAACAAGUAAUUGGAGGAUGUUUAAUGUGUGGUUCAAUAAUUGGGUAUGCAACUCCUAACAGCGUGCAGGUUGAUCUGGGAACAAUAUUACCAACAGCGUGUAUACAAGAAGUACAAGAUGCUGCUUGUAAUGGAAAUUAUGUUGAAUCGUUAUCUGAAUCAUCGGAAGAUGCAGUAUCAGAAGCAGAAGAAUCAUCAGAGGAAGCUGCAGAUGACGCAUCCUCUUCUUCCGAAGCAGCUGCUGAUGAAGCUUCCUCAUCUUCUGAGGAUGCUGCUGAUGAUAAGGCCUCUUCUUCUUCCGAAGCUGCUGCUGAUGAAGCUUCUUCUUCAUCUGAGGAUGCUGCUGAUGAUAAGGCCUCUUCUUCGUCAGAAGCUGCUGCUGAUGAAGCUUCAUCUUCAUCUGAGGAUGCACUUGAUAAGGCCUCUUCUUCUUCCGAAGCAGCUGCUGAUGAAGCUUCAUCUUCAUCUGAGGAUGCUCUUGAUAAGGCUUCUUCUUCUUCCGAAGCUGCUGCUGAUGAAGCAUCUUCUUCAUCUGAGGAUGCUCUUGAUAAGGCCUCGUCUUCUUCCGAAGCUGCUGCUGAUGAAGCUUCAUCUUCAUCUGAGGAUGCUCUUGAUAAGGCCUCUUCUUCUUCCGAAGCUGCUGCUGAUGAAGCAUCUUCUUCAUCUGAGGAUGCUCUUGAUAAGGCCUCUUCUUCUUCCGAAGCUGCUGCUGAUGAAGCUUCAUCUUCAUCUGAGGAUGCUCUUGACAAGGCCUCGUCUUCUUCCGAAGCAGCUGCUGAUGAAGCUUCAUCUUCAUCUGAAAAUGCUCUUGACAAGGCCUCUUCUUCUUCCGAAGCUGCUGCUGAUGAAGCAUCUUCUUCAUCUGAGGAUGCUCUUGAUAAGGCCUCUUCUUCGUCUGAAGCUGCUGCUGAUGAAGCUUCAUCUUCAUCUGAGAAUGCUUUUGAUAAGGCCUCUUCUUCUUCCGAAGCUGCUGCUGAUGAAGCAUCUUCUUCAUCUGAGGAUGCUCUUGAUAAGGCCUCUUCUUCUUCCGAAGCUGCUGCUGAUGAAGCUUCAUCUUCAUCUGAAAAUGCUCUUGAUAAGGCCUCUUCUUCUUCCGAAGCUGCUGCUGAUGAAGCAUCUUCUUCAUCUGAGGAUGCUCUUGAUAAGGCCUCGUCUUCUUCCGAAGCUGCUGCUGAUGAAGCUUCAUCUUCAUCUGAAAAUGCUCUUGAUAAGGCUUCUUCUUCUUCCGAAGCUGCUGCUGAUGAAGCAUCUUCUUCAUCUGAGGAAGCUCUUGAUAAGGCCUCUUCUUCUUCCGAAGCUGCUGCUGAUGAAGCAUCUUCUUCAUCUGAGGAUGCACUUGAUAAGGCCUCUUCUUCUUCCGAAGCUGCUGCUGAUGAAGCUUCAUCUUCAUCUGAGGAUGCACUUGACAAGGCCUCGUCUUCUUCCGAAGCUGCUGCUGAUGAAGCUUCAUCUUCAUCUGAGGAUGCUCUUGAUAAGGCCUCUUCUUCUUCCGAAGCUGCUGCUGAUGAAGCUUCAUCUUCAUCUGAGGAUGCUCUUGAUAAGGCCUCGUCUUCUUCCGAAGCUGCUGCUGAUGAAGCUUCAUCUUCAUCUGAGGAUGCUCUUGAUAAGGCCUCUUCUUCUUCCGAAGCUGCUGCUGAUGAAGCUUCAUCUUCAUCUGAGGAUGCUCUUGAUAAGGCUUCUUCUUCUUCCGAAGCUGCUGCUGAUGAAGCAUCUUCUUCAUCUGAGGAUGCUCUUGAUAAGGCCUCGUCUUCUUCCGAAGCAGCUGCUGAUGAAGCUUCAUCUUCAUCUGAAAAUGCUCUUGACAAGGCCUCUUCUUCUUCCGAAGCUGCUGCUGAUGAAGCUUCAUCUUCAUCUGAGGAUGCUCUUGAUAAGGCCUCUUCUUCUUCCGAAGCUGCUGCUGAUGAAGCUUCAUCUUCAUCUGAGGAUGCUCUUGAUAAGGCCUCUUCUUCGUCAGAAGCUGCUGCUGAUGAAGCUUCAUCUUCAUCUGAGGAUGCACUUGAUAAGGCUUCUUCUUCUUCCGAAGCUGCUGCUGAUGAAGCUUCAUCUUCAUCUGAAAAUGCACUUGACAAGGCCUCUUCUUCUUCCGAAGCUGCUGCUGAUGAAGCAUCUUCUUCAUCCGAGGAUGCUCUUGAUAAGGCCUCUUCUUCUUCCGAAGCUGCUGCUGAUGAAGCUUCAUCUUCAUCUGAGGAUGCUCUUGAUAAGGCUUCUUCUUCUUCCGAAGCUGCUGCUGAUGAAGCAUCUUCUUCAUCUGAGGAUGCACUUGAUAAGGCCUCUUCUUCUUCCGAAGCAGCUGCUGAUGAAGCUUCAUCUUCAUCUGAGGAUGCUCUUGAUAAGGCUUCUUCUUCUUCCGAAGCUGCUGCUGAUGAAGCUUCAUCUUCAUCUGAGGAUGCUCUUGAUAAGGCCUCGUCUUCUUCCGAAGCUGCUGCUGAUGAAGCUUCAUCUUCAUCUGAGGAUGCUCUUGACAAGGCCUCUUCUUCAUCCGAAGCUGCUGCUGAUGAAGCUUCAUCUUCAUCUGAGGAUGCUCUUGAUAAGGCCUCUUCUUCUUCCGAAGCUGCUGCUGAUGAAGCUUCAUCUUCAUCUGAGGAUGCUCUUGAUAAGGCCUCUUCUUCUUCCGAAGCUGCUGCUGAUGAAGCAUCUUCUUCAUCUGAGGAUGCUCUUGAUAAGGCCUCGUCUUCUUCCGAAGCUGCUGCUGAUGAAGCUUCAUCUUCAUCUGAGGAUGCUCUUGAUAAGGCCUCUUCUUCUUCCGAAGCUGCUGCUGAUGAAGCUUCAUCUUCAUCUGAGGAUGCUCUUGAUAAGGCCUCGUCUUCAUCCGAAGCUGCUGCUGAUGAAGCAUCUUCUUCAUCCGAGGAUGCUCUUGAUAAGGCCUCUUCUUCGUCUGAAGCUGCUGCUGAUGAAGCAUCUUCUUCAUCUGAAAAUGCUCUUGAUAAGGCUUCUUCUUCUUCCGAAGCUGCUGCUGAUGAAGCAUCUUCUUCAUCUGAGGAUGCACUUGAUAAGGCCUCUUCUUCUUCCGAAGCUGCUGCUGAUGAAGCUUCAUCUUCAUCCGAGGAUGCUCUUGAUAAGGCCUCUUCUUCGUCUGAAGCUGCUGCUGAUGAAGCAUCUUCUUCAUCUGAGGAUGCUCUUGAUAAGGCCUCUUCUUCGUCUGAAGCUGCUGCUGAUGAAGCUUCAUCUUCAUCUGAAAAUGCAUUGACAAGGCCUCCUGCUGCUGAUGAAGCUUCAUCUUCAUCUGAGGAUGCUCUUGACAAGGCCUCGUCUUCUUCCGAAGCAGCUGCUGAUGAAGCUUCAUCUUCAUCUGAAAAUGCUCUUGACAAGGCCUCUUCUUCUUCCGAAGCUGCUGCUGAUGAAGCAUCUUCUUCAUCUGAGGAUGCUCUUGAUAAGGCCUCUUCUUCUUCCGAAGCAGCUGCUGAUGAAGCUUCAUCUUCAUCUGAGGAUGCUCUUGAUAAGGCUUCUUCUUCUUCCGAAGCUGCUGCUGAUGAAGCUUCAUCUUCAUCUGAGGAUGCUCUUGAUAAGGCCUCUUCUUCUUCCGAAGCUGCUGCUGAUGAAGCUUCAUCUUCAUCUGAGGAUGCUCUUGAUAAGGCCUCUUCUUCUUCCGAAGCUGCUGCUGAUGAAGCUUCAUCUUCAUCUGAGGAUGCUCUUGAUAAGGCCUCUUCUUCUUCCAGAAGCUGCUGCUGA